CACAUACCCUACACCGGAAAUCAAUUACAGACUCAAAAUGGCUACUACGCAAAAUAUGUUAACAAAUCAUAUACUCGGCAACUUUGACGCCGAUGGAUACUGCAUUGGAUGUAGCAUGACGUGAUGUAAUGGACAAAAGUGCUAUACACAAUAAGCCAGCUGUACCAAGACGGGAACAAAGAUGGUCAAUGUUCAGGACUGAGUUGAUAUCUUCAUAUUUAUUUCCAUUCCAUAAUGAGUACGACAACAGAACAUUACAAUUUAUUAAAACUAGUCAUCUUGGUGAUGGAGUACGGUACCAAAGUACUCAAAGAGAAAGUGAAAAGCGAACUUUCAAAAGGUUACAAAACAUUUCAAGAUUUAGUGAAAGCGUCUCGCCACGACCUCAUACAUCUUCAUGAAUUGAAGCGGUGUUGUGCAUGUACUUCCUACCCUACCGCGCGACACUCUGCUAUCAGCUACAAACAGCUCGCACUGCUUCUCGACAAUGACAGAGGACAAGCCUGUACAAGGCCAAACAACGACAGAGACCAGCUCUGCACUUGUGGUUUCAAGGAAAAGAUGAAUAUCUCUGAAAACGAUAUGGAUAUCACAUUACUAUCAUGUUUUUUACUAAAUAUCAUCAAACAGGAUGACACUGUUAGAAAAUUGAUAAAGAAUCUGAGAGAUAAAAGAAACAAUUUGUUCCAUCUUAUUUCGGCAAAGGUACCGAUGGAGGAGUUCGAAACAAAAUUCCAGGACAUCGCACAUAUCAUCAAUGAAAUCGCGAAAGGAUUCGACACAGAGUUAUUUGUAACAUUUAGAAGUCAGAUGAUAGACCUCGAAAGUUCAGCAUGUUCUCCACAACAAUUACACUGUGCAAUGGAAUUGAAGACAUCAUAGAAACGAAGAGCCCCAGUAUCGACCUUGAGGACUACCUAUGUGGUCUCACUUUAGAAAACUUGAUUGGAUUUCCGGAACCAGUGCGAAAGCAGCUGAA